AAAGAGCCUGAUUCAGAUGAGAUGGAGGUAAUGAGAUGUAAAAAGGGAAAUUAUUUCGGAGAACUUGCCUUGUUAACUCAUAAGCCAAGAGCAGCUACAGUAUAUGCUGUUACAAAAACUAGAUUAGCAGUAUUAGAUGUACAAGCAUUUGAACGACUGCUAGGUCCAUGUAUGGAUAUUAUGAAGAGAAGUAUAGAUGGUUAUGAAGAACAACUCAUCUCCGUGUUCGGUUCUAAGGCAGCCAUCAGUGAUCUGCGAUAGAACUUCUGCCAUAUCGUGCCCAUUUUAGUCUCUCCCUUUCCUCCUUAUUUGGUUAAGCAAUAUUACCAUUGACAGUGUUUUUCAUCCAUUUGUUUGUAUAAACAGUAAACUAGAAAAUUUGUUAGAAUUUGUAUUGAAACGUUUUUACGUCUAGCCGAAACAUGUCAAAUGGAGUAAGGAGGUUUUUAUAUAUGUUUGUUUUAGUGUGAAUACUUGGAAUUAAUUUAUACAUGAAGUUAUUCAUUGCCAUUGGAAAGUUGAAUGGCUAUGAAAAUUUUAAUUUUAGACUGGUCUGUAACUCUUUCAUUUUAUUGGCUCUUUCAAAGUUUGUAUUUGAAAAUUGACCAAUGACAGAGUUUGAAAAAGAGACUGGUCUGAAAGCCAUUGGCUAUGAAACAUUGUUUAUAUUGUGACAGUAGAUUUAUUUGAGUAACAACAAGAACUUGCCUGAAAUGUGCAAUCUUUCUGUGGUUUUACUUUGUGGAUGUUCAUGUAUAAUAGAUAUUUUGUAUUUUAAUGCUAAGAUAGUGAUAAUGUCUAGAAUGUUUUGUAUAGAUUCUCAUUUAGGUUUUUAUAACAUGAUACCACAAUAUAUUUACCUUUUUUCAUUAGUUUAAUUAACUUGACAUCAUUGAUAAUACUAAUUUGAGGGAAUUGAAUCCAAUUAAAAAGAAGUUUAAUUUAUAAAGAGGCGAAAUGUAUUUUUGGGAUGGGGUUUUGUUUUUGUGUUGUUAAUCUCUAACCUGCUGGAACCAGAAAGGAUUAGCUUUCACCACUGUUAUAGAGCACAUCUGUUCCUUUGGACCAGGCUCUGGUGGUUUGGUUUUUGUAUUUUGAUAUUGAAAAUUUAAAAUCCCUUAAAUAUGGAAUGGACCAUUCCAAAUUUAUAGCUAGGAAAAUUUGUUGCAUAAGAUCUGCAGGUUAAGGGAUUAGAUAACUGACACUAACUGAUAUUAAGGUGAUAAAGGGAGCUAAAAUAAACUGUUUACCUCUUAAAAUUUACUUACAUUAUGUAAGGCAUUCAGAUUGAUAUUAUCUUGUAAUAUAGUGAAAUAUUAUUUAAGACUUUUUUUUUUCAUUUUAAUUGAUUUUCACAAACUAUCUUUUAAGCAUGUUAAAUCUAGUUUAAACAAUUAUUAGAAUUUCUUUAGUUAUAUGUUUUUGGUAUUUAUACCUUUAUUUUUUCGGGAAAAAUGAAAAGUGUCAAUGAAUUAAAAAUGUACAGGAUUAAAUGAUCAUCAAUAAUUGCUGACUUGCCAUUGUAGAAGUGUUGAUGCAUUUGUGUGUAUGUUUUUAUUGCUACAGUUUCACAUAUUUUAAUGUAUUAGCAUACACAUGGACAUUUUUUAUGACAUAUAAAGGCUGAUCAAAAUAGAAUAAAUGUCUUUCCAGUUAUAUUGUGUAAGUGUAUUGUGCUUUAAACAAGGUGGUUGCAUUUUAGUAUUUCUUUUUUGAGAAUUUUAUCAAUUUUUGUUGUGAAAGAAGCAGAAAUAUUCUGCUCCUAGUAUUGAACUCUCAGAUUGCAAACCAGUCUUCAAAUGCAGUAGUGUCAUUGGUUGAUUUUGUCUCUUUAUUCAGAAUUGAUUAAUGAAAUUAUCUAUUUUUGAAACUUGUUUCCAAUUAUUGGGAAUGUUCAACCUCAUGCCUGAUAACUAGUUAUAAUGUAAUAUAUACAUGUAUAUAUGUCCUAAUGUCAAACUAAAAAUACUUGCCAUAUAUUAUAUAUACUCUGUCUCGGAUAUUCAGUAGUCCAUGGUAUUGAAACAUGACAAGAAAAAUUUACAAUGAAAUUCUUUUUAUAUUAAGUCAAAAUCUUGGCACCAGAAGUUAAUAAGACAAUAAGAUUUUUAAUGCAACAUUGUAACAACAUGUCAAGGUACAAGAACAAAGCACAACAGUGCUUCAAUUUUCAGGAAUUAGCCUGUCAAGUUAGAGACACAUAUAAAGAUUGUAGGAAGUUAGUAACAGUUAAACAAGUUAACUUUUAUGAGAAUAUAAGAGAAAUGGCUGCUUACAUGAAAUAUAUGUAUAUAUAAAUCACAGUCUUUUACACCCAUACAUUCCCUGGCUUUAAUACAAACUGUAUAUAGUCUCAAAAAAUAUUUUAGAUGAUCUCUCUUUUCCUCCUUUUGCUAGUGUAUAUUAUGUAAGUCAUGGAGUUGAUCCAAGGUUGAAUUUGCAUUUGUCUCAGAAAACCACAUAAUCUUAAAACUUUGUUUUAAAGAUUUUGUUACGCUUUUAUUAAAAGAUAAAAUAUUAUUUAGUUGAUAAUGAUAAUAUUGUUUUAGGUUUACUGAUCAGCUGAUAUUUAGAAUAUAUGUAAACAUUAGCCUCUCUGUCACCUGAGCUGGGUUCUGUAAAAUGUAGUUCUAAACUUGAUGUGUUCUGAAAACUAUUUCUAUUUCAGUCUAGAUUGUACACUAGUGGUAUAUUGACUUUUAAGUAUAUUGACUUUACAGUAGUGGAGUGUUAUAAGCUAGAGACAUUGUCAAAGGGAGGAAACACUGAAAUGAUCUCUUUACAAGAAACAAAGGGAGAUAAUCCUGAAUCUGUGAAUUAUUUAGGAUAAUAUUUUAAUGUCUGCAUUGGAGAUUUAAAUUAGACAAGGAAUUAAAUUUGAGCUCAGAAUUUUCAGAAUGUUUCAGAAAAAGUAUUCAUUUAAACUUGUGUUCAUACUUACGAUGAUUUUAUCUGACUUACCAUGCUGUAUGUCUAGUGACACAAGAUAAAAAAAUGAAUAUUAAACCAAUGAAUGACAUUGAGAACAUAGUUACAGUUUUUCAUCGUGGCAGAUGAAUUUUCCAAUUGAAUCUUCUUUCCUUGUAUACAUCAUUUUAUACAUGCAUUUAAAAUGCUAGAAUUCAUUCAAUCUUUUCAAAUUUUACUGUGCACACCCCAGCAUUUUUGUUGAUGAAAUAAUGUUUUAAUGACAUGCAUGACUCUUAGUGAAGCAUGUAAAUAUCUAAUCAUUUCUUUAUAUUUUACCUGUUUAAGAUUUAUUUCUUAAACCAUUAUCAUUUUAGAUUUAACACAGUAUAAAUAAACUAUUCAAACAUUUUAUUAGGAUCACUUAUCCAAGUUUCAGUUUCAUACCUGGGAUGUUCCAUACCCGAGAUGUUCCAUUUAGCUUUACAUGCUAUACUUGUUCCUAUAACUAAUUGAGCCGUGUCACGACAAAACCAACAUAAUUGUUUGCGACCAGCAUGGAUCCAGACCAGCCUGCGCAUCCGCGCAGUCUGAUCAGGAUCCAUGCUGUUCGCUAUCAGUUUCUCUACUUGUUAUAGGGUUUGUAAGCAAACAGCAUGGAUCCUGAUCAGACUGCGCGGAUGCGCAGGCUGGUCUGGAUCCAUGCUGGUCGCAAACGCACUAUGUUGGUUUUGUCAUGAUGCGGCUCAAUUAAUUAUACAUGUGGGCUGAACUUUUAUCAUUAUUUGAGAGGUACUAGUAAGGAUAGGGACUAAAACAAAUUCCAGUUUUUAUUAUUCUCUGACUGGUGCUGCUGUCUUACAAAUUGUUGAUUUUUGCAACUACUUGUGUAUUGUUGUUGUUCCAUUGUUGUUUAUUUUAGAAAACAGGUAAACAAUACUGCAUUUACAAUAUUUAGAGACUUAUCUGUGUAUUCAGUAUAUUAGUGGUAGGGGGUGAAGUAUAUUUGAUUUUUUUAAUGAUUUUUAGAAAUAAAGUUAUGGAGUUUUGUGUACGAAAUGAACAGUGAUGAAAGUUACAGAUUAAAUGCCUGGAGUUCUGUUAUAAUUCUGUUAUAAUUUGAUAUUUUAUAGUCCAACUAGAUAUUAUAUCUGAGAUAUUUAUAAGGGUAAUUUGAUAUCAGUUGACACUUAGUAUUAUCAGACUUAUUUGUUAUUUAAUACUUUUUAUGUUCUUUAUAUUAUUAUCCUAGAGUAAGAAAUAAAAUGGCCAUGCUCUCUUUAUUUUUGUUGUAAACUCUCUUCCAUUUUAAACAUUUUGUGUGACUUAACUUUGUUAAAUGUAAGUACUUAAAUACUAACACAAGAGUAAAUAAAUUCAAACUGAAACCGAACAUUUAGAAAUUAUAAUGUUAGGAAGAAAAAAAAUCAAGGGAUUAAAGCUAGGGGAUUAAAACAAGUUGGGUCUCAAUGCUUAUUUUUAGCUUGACUAUUCGCAGAAUAGAAUAAUGCAGUCAGCCAUUUGUCAGCUUCGGCUUCCCUGUGGUUAAGUUUUUGCGUGUAAGCUGGUAUCUCCAUAACUACUGCUGGGAAUGGAUUGAAACUUCACACACUUGUUCUCUGUGAUUAUCUAACAUGAUUGGCACAUGAUAUCUUUUGUAGUGAAAUUUCUAUUAACUGUAUUUUGUGAAUUAUUUAGGAUAUUUUAAUGUCUGCAUUUGAGAUGCUUAUAUUAUUGUCACUUUGUUGUUGUUGUUGUAAGCUACCUCUAAUUAAGUUAUGGUUGAGUACAUAUCUGUUAUACACAUUGUUGGAUACCCACGACCGAACCAUUUAACAUUUAUCAGCUGUGGGGUUUUUCACUGAUAUCCAGUCGAUAAGAGGCGAUUAAUACCAAUCAAAACGCUCAUUCUAUACGACAUUUGUCUUGAAAAAAUAUUACUAUUGUGGUCAUUGCUUGUGGAAUAAUUAAGUUUGGGAUAGUUUGCCUUCAAUAUUGGCAAGACACAUGAAACAGGAUUACACCAUGUGCGCUGCUAUUUUGUUUCUGAUAGUUGUUUACCUUUGCAGUAGAAGAAUAAAAAAUUUGCUAAACAGGAUUUCAUUGGUUGAUAUUUUAUGCACCUGUUGCUGUAUAUCGACCAAAUUUGAUUCAUUUUACCCACUGUUGAGUACAUGUUAAUCGAACAUGGGUAUUCGACGAUGUGGUAUAUACAAAAUUAACAAAAACCUGUAUGUUUUAACUUGAAAGUUGCCAAUAGUGCUAUCAUACAGAAUAAUUUUAGGACAGGUUUUUUUCUUUCUUUCUUUUUACAGAGGAAUUACAGGUAGUAACCUCUUUCAUUUUACUGAAGUUUGAAGUAAAGUUAAUGUAUACAGAAAUAACUUACUUUUCGCAACAAUAUUUCCAUACUUUUAAUUCAUCACAUGUAAAGAAAUAGAUUGUUUCAAUAGCUUGAGUUGAGCUCAUCAUGAUAAAUUUGAGGUUAACCAUGAAAAUCAUUUGAGGCUCCUUACUUUUACAUUCUUGUAGUUUAUUUUUAUUUUAUUUUUGUUACUAGUACAUGUAUAAUUAAUACAUUCCUGUCUAUGUUAAAUGCUCACAUUAGACAAAACUCUUACAUUAGAAAGCUUGUAGCAUUAGUAAUGUAUCUAUUUCAACAUGUCCAGUUUCGGACAGACUUUAUGAUUACCUGGUUUAUGUUAGUACAUUAAUUGAUAUAUAAACAUUCAGAAAUUCAAUACAAGUUCAAUUAAUGACACACAUAAUUUUAAUAUUUUAUCUAAAGAAGCUUUAUUGAAUGUUGAUAUAGAAAAAAAAAUACUUUGAAAAAUUGCCUUUGAACAUAUCAUCUUUUUUCAUUUUGUUAAUUGAAAAUUAAUUUGAAUAUUACAAUUUUUAUUUUGCAUGACUGUAUGAAUUUUAAAUAAAUAGUGUGCAUUUUAGGAAUGUAAAAUAUAGUGUUAAAACAAUACUGUUUGUAUAUAAAAUAAAAACCCUGUUUAGGAUUUUAUAUCUUAAAACUGCAUUUUGUAUGAUUGUGUGUUUUACAUCAUUGAGAGGUCCUACAUGUAUCUUCAAGUGCUUCUUCCUAUAAUGUUCUAGGUUCACCUGGAGCAUUGUUAUACAUGGGUUCUACUGUUCCAGCUCUGAUCUCCUAUCCUGUUACCGUAUAAAUUAACAAGUAUUGUCCCCAUUGUACAUUUUGUACAUGAACUUUAUACCAAACAAUCAUGCAAUGUGCCCAAUUAUUUUGUAUUAUUCUCAAAUUGCUCAGGACAACUUAAGGGUAAUUUGACAAACUUGUUCAUUCAGAUUUUAAUCCAUUCUUUGAUAGAUGGUUAAAGAUACCAAUUUUGCUUAAGAUGAAGAUCAAAAUAGCCUAUUUUUGUAAGGUAAUUGCGCAGUAUUUACACUGUAUUUUUGUCUUGUUAUUUUCCUCUUCCAAAUCAGUCUCCCUCCCUCCAGGUUUCUUCCUCAUGUUUUCAGUAUAACACUUAUAUCAGGUAUCGUCCUUAUUUAUCUUUCCAAAGUAUUUUAUUUCAUGCAGCAUUCAAUUUGGAGAUGGUUCAUCAUUUUACAUAUCUUUAUUGUUGUUCUUAUAAAGCUCAGCAUUUUAAUAGCUCAACUCUCCUCUAUUAUUUUUAUUACCUCUGUGUUUAUUCUUAUUAUACUUUUUAAUCUUUUUACUCUGGGAAUAUUUACUUUAAUGGGAUAUGGAAAUUUAGGCAAUCCUGUAGCCAUGACAUGAUUUUGACAUUUAUUUCAUAAAAAAAAUACACUCAUGAUUUUAGAAUUUAGACUGACUAUAGGGAUAUCUUACAAAAAUUACACCCACAGAAAUAAUGAACUUUUGAAGGUGAUUUUUACAUAAUGAUUUUAGUGAAUAAUAUUUCCCUUUCACAACACCGACAACCAUUUCUUGUUCCAAGUAAACUUUAUAGUUACUACAACUCACUAUUUUUAUUAGGUAUAAAGUAAACUUUUCCACGAUAUUUUCAUAGUUCUUGAGAGAAUUUUAAACAAUGCAACAUUUUAUUUCUGAAAAUUACACAGCUUCUUCCUAGUUAUUUUCCGAAAAUGGAUAGGGGGUACCUAUACAAUGUAUUUCAAAAACCUGACCAUUUUUGUAGCUAAUUCAUUUAAUAAAUUUGGCUUUUACCCAUUUUUAACAUCUUAGGAAUUUUUCUAUUUUUUAGAAUACAAGCUAUGGAGACUAGAGUCUGUCUCGUGUAAUUUGUAAUAUUGUAAACGUUUUUACUGUGUUUUUUUAUUUAUUUUAAUGGAAUGAUUGUCAGUUGGUAUUUGUUAAAUGAUGUGAGCAUGUUUUCCAAUGUUAUAUUAAUGUUCAAUAAAUAAUUUCUAUUUUA